CCUCCUAUUGCCGUGGACGACUGGUCCCACCAUAAAUACAGCUUGUUCGCUACGUUCGUUGGCUGUGCAAUUUUGUCUUCAUUUACUCCCUCUGGAUUGGAUUGCGGAUUUCUCCCUCGACGCCAUUUGAGACCAAGAUCAUACACCAUGUCUACCAACGAUAAACAGAAGAUGGGAUAUACCUACCUGGGCAAGUCCGGCCUAAAAGUCUCCAAGGUCAUUGUUGGAGCCAUGAGCUAUGGCUCACCAAAAUGGCAAGAAUGGGUGCUCGAUGAGGAGAAGGCACUGCCUUUGCUUAAGCACGCCUACGACAAUGGCAUUACCACCUGGGACACCGCUGAUGUUUACUCUAUGGGAGAGUCUGAGCGCAUUAUCGCCAAAGCGCUCAAACAAUAUAACAUUCCCCGCAACCGCGUCACUAUUCUCAGCAAAUGCUUUUUUGGUGUUGCUGACGAUGGUACUCAGCCUCAGAUUGGCGUUGUUUCAGACAACAACAACGAUUACGUGAAUCGCGUUGGUCUGUCAAGAAAACACAUAUUCGAUGCCGUUGACGACUCAGUGGAGCGAUUGGGAACCUACAUCGACGUGCUACAAAUCCACCGACUCGAUCAAGGCACUCCCAAGGAGGAGAUUAUGCGCGCAUUGAACGACGUUGUAAACAGCGGCAAGGUGCGAUACAUUGGCGCAAGCAGUAUGAAUGCUUGGGAGUUCCAGAUGCUUCAAAACAUUGCCGAGAAGCACGGAUGGCAUCAAUUUAUCAGCAUGCAGAAUUACCAUAACCUUCUUUACCGUGAAGAAGAGCGCGAGAUGAUUCCGUAUUGCAAAUACACAGGCGUUGGCCUCAUUCCGUGGAGUCCGGUCGCACGUGGCGCGCUUACCCGCCCAUGGUGCAGCCGUGACACACAUCGCGAGAGGACAGAUGGUGCACUAAAGAGAUUAGUUCGAGAGAAAGAGUCUGAGGUCGACAAACUCAUCGUGGAUCGUGUGGAGGAAAUUGCUAAGAAGCUUGGUGUCAGUAUGGCUGGCGUCGCUACUGCUUGGAGUAUCCAUAAAGGAGAUAUCCCUAUCAUAGGUCUGAACAGUAAGGAAAGAAUCGAGGAGACCGUGAUAAACUCCAAUAUAGAGCUCACGGAUGAGGAUGUUGCAUACUUGGAUGAACCGUACAUACCCAAGGUAAAGGUGGGCCAUACCUAAGCGAAUACGAAUCAGGCUUUUGUUAGUACUAAAUUGAUAUGGUGUUCUAAAAUCACACUCUUUUCG